AUGGCUCCCAUUAAAGCAGGCAGCCAAUCUCGCCGGGAUGGAACUGGUUCCGCUGAUGGCCGGCCGCCGAUGUAUAAAGGCCGGUGGCCAGAGUCCAGAGCAAGAGCAGUCAAGAUGAUGAACACACUGGGCUUGUGCUGCUGGGCUUGUGCGUUGCUGGCCAUGGGGUGGAGUGGCCCGGUGGCCGAGAGCCCCUCUGGGCAAGAGCUGCAAGCCCUGCAGGACCUUUUGGAGAGGCUGGAUGUGCACUUUGGACAAGAGGCCUCGGAGUUGGACCCCAGCGACCUGGACGAGGCCCUCCUGCCCAGCCUGAUGGGAACGGCAGUCCUGCUCCCGGAGGCCGAGGCCCAAUGGAGGAGGUUCUUCGCUUCGCCCAAAAGGAGGCGCUACUUCGCCGGGUGCUUCGGCUCCCGGCUGGAGCGGAUCGGGACCCAGACGGGGCUUGGCUGCAACGUCUACAAACCCCGUUCGUGGAGAAAGCCCCGGAGUUGAAAUCCAUGACGAAACUUUGAUACGGGAUGCUGGACUCUAUGAACGCUUCCUCCUUUGCAAACGGGAGGUUUCUAGACCUCAAGAGGCUCGGGAAAGACUGGCG